ACCUGCGCCUCAAAAAAAGGCCGCAGUCACCGCAUUGGUAGUGCCAGGGCCACGUUCAGGGACUGCUUGGACUCGUGUCGUCGGUGGCAUACGCAGCCGCAGCGUCGCGCCACUCAGCAGAGCACACCAGCCGACCACUGCCGCUGCUGCAUCGCUCCAGCAGACGCCGCGCAGACGUAGCGCCGCGCACCCAGCGGAAGAGCGGCACCCAGCAGUUACCGCAGCGCCGACGCCGCGCGCACACACAUGGGGCGCUCGGCGAAAGUAGCGCGCAUCGGCAACUUCGCGACCCACAAGAAAAACGUCCAGAAGCGUUCCUUAGUCGUCGAGAAGCGACCGAAGAAGUCGCGCCAGACGUACGCCACGAGCAAGGCGCCCGCGCGGGCGCCGAAGAAAGCCGUAAGAGACGCGCCGAAGAAGAAAUAGAUGAGGUUACUACUUCUGCUCGCGUUGGUAACGGGCGACGCGCCGAAGCGCCUCCAGCAGACGACGUACGCCCUCAAAGCAGCCGCGCGCGGCGGCCUCGUGAUCGGCGUCGAGGCCCGCGACGGUUGUAUCAUAUGUGCGGCGUCGAGCGAAGCAAAAGGUCCGUCGUGGGCUUCCUUAGAUAAAGGCGCGGCGACGGAAAAGAUCCACAAAGUCGCGCCGCACGCUAUUGUAGGAGUCUCGGGCCUAGACGGCGACUGCCGGAGCGGCGUGAAGGCGCUGCGGAACGCGGCCGUGGCGCACUGGCUCGAGUUCGGCGACCGGCUGACGCUGUCGGGCCUGGCCGAUGCUUUAGCUGAUGAAUGUUCAAAGCAUGCGGGCUUAGAUGCCCUGCUGAGCGGUGCGGACGACGACGACGACGAGCGGCCGGCGCGGCCGCUCGGGGCGGCGUUCCUGUUGAUAGGUGUCGACGAUGCGAGUAGCAUCUGGCUCGUGGACGCGGCGGCGUCGCCGCGACGGUGGCGCGCCAAAGCUAUUGGCCAAUCCAGCAAUGAGGCCGACGCGCGCCUCGAGGCCGAGCUGCGAGCGUUGUGUGAGCGGCGCGGCUUCGACUUCCCUUCAGUAAAUGACCGAGCGCCCUGGAGCCUCGACGACGCCACUGCAAUAGCCUGCGGCGUCCUCGACGCUUUAUGUGGCGAGGCCGACGUCGCAGCGACCGUGGUCCGGCCGGCGGCCGCGGUCGAGGCUUCUACUGAAUACGACGCCUUCGCGCACGACGACGGCUGGGAGGGGCCCUCGGCGCCCGUCGUAUCCGCCCUACCGGACGAUGAAUUUCGCGCCGCCGUCGCAAAUCUAGCGGCGCAGCGUCCGACGCCGCCCGGGGACCCCGAGGCCGCUUCAAUCGUCGUGCGGCAGGCGCUCGACCUGUCGGAGAAGGACGCUUCGGUUAGUUAUGAGGUAAUUCACAGCAACUAG